AUGACUUUCGAGAAGGGCGUCACCGAAAUCGCGGACUCGGAUGAUGAUCCGAUGACGUCGUCACCUGGUGUUGUUCCGGAUGAAGCGGGCGACAAGCAUUGCGCAGUGUCCAAUGUCCCGUACCAAGAGCGACAGGACGCGUCGCGCGAGGCAGAUGGCCUCCAACAAGCAUUCGCCGAACGCGAUGCCAGCACAACUGAAGUCUUGGGCGCCGAUUCCACCAAUUCUCCAGUUGAUGUCGACGCGUCGAGAAUUGAUCAGACUAACAUGAUGCCCAAUGAGACCACUGCAGCGCAAAACGAGGAAGGAGCGACUGUCGAAGGUGGCAGCCACGGCCGGGGACUCCACACACAAAUACAUCCACAAAAGCCAGUAUCGACGACCAGAGACAUGCCAAAUGGGCCUCAAGUGAUGGUCGUUCCAACUGAAAACGGGGAUCCAGUUGCCAAGGAUGUCGAAUCUGACCCCUCAGCCCGCGGUGACGAACAGCAGCCACCUGUAAGCCAUGCCAGUCCUUCUUCUGCCGAACAGGAAGUAGCUGAGGCUAUUCAACCCACAAUGGCGGAUGCGACGUUGAAGGUACCAGGUUCUGCUGCCCUCGCUCCAUCAGAGUUCAGCGUCGAUUCUGAGUUCCCAAACGGGUCAACAUGUCAAUCGCAAAGUACUGUCACACUCGCCAGUCUGCCUCGUGUGUCGAAAGAUGAUUCGGGUCGAGCUGUAAAGCAUCAUCCGGUAGAUGGACACACGAGCGACAACGUAGACCGAUCUCGGCCGACCUCAACAGCUGCCAGCAUGCAGUCGAAUACGACAAGGAUUGCAUUAGGCUCGUCAGGCGACGCAGGUCCUGCUGCGACCAUGCCGGACGACUACACCAGCUCUACGCUCCAUUGGGCUCAAGACACUGAAGACACGCCUCCUAAUGCGCGAAUGCACAUCAACACUAGCGAAGCUGCCAUGAUCGAAAACGGAUCUAGCUAUGAGAUCGGCCAGGAACAAACUUCCCGAAGCACAUCCGCGGACCAGCAACUAUCCGCAGAAGAAGUGGCAUUGCCGAAAGAGAGCGCAGGCUCAAGUUUUGGUGCUAGUUCACCAAUUGCUAAACUAUCUACCCAUGCCCAACCACACGCUGACGCCCAACACUUGUCAUCGCCCAUCCCAAUGCCUCCAUCGAGAACACCACAGGAAGUCACUCUUGAUAAUCUGAGAGCCCAAAAAGCUGCACUCUUGGCCUCUCUCAGUGCCCUUCCAGCGAUCCAAGUGCUGAUGGAAGAGAACGCCUUUUCAGAUGCCGAAUCAGGCGAUGCUAGCGAUGAACCUACUGAGACCGAUGUCAUGGCAGCCGCAAACAAAAUCGUGAAAGAGCACAUCAAAUUACUACACGAAUACAACGAGCUGAAAGAUGUGGGUCAGGGGCUGAUGGGCCUUAUUGCGGAUCAGCGGGGCGUACGGAUAGUCGAAGUUCAAGAGGAGUUCGGCAUCGAUGCGCAGGACUGA